AUGAGAUUUCAUUUUCCACAGUGCGCAAGAGAAAAUGUGCGAGACACUCCGGCUUUUGUAUCUGCAAUGAUGGUCCUGAUCUUGUUUCUCACGUACCAAGUCAAUGGAAAUUCAGACGAUCCCCUUUUCAAAUGUUUACAAGACUCUGAUUAUGAUGACCUUCUGAGGAUAGUGGAGCAGGGUCUCCCUCCAACGAAGGCUCCUCAGCAUGUCAUAAUUGUUGGUGGAGGUGCUGCUGGACUUACUGCAGCUAAGUUUCUGGAGGAUGCAGGGCACAAGGUGACAAUUAUUGAGGCCAGUAAACGUAUAGGUGGAAGAAUUUACACAUAUAGGGAUCAGAAAGAGGGCUGGUAUGCAGAACUCGGAGCCAUGAGGAUCCCAAGUUUUCACAAGAUUCUCUUAACAGUUGCAAAACAGUUGGGCCUGAAGCUCGGGACAUUUGUGCAGGAAGACAACAAUACUUACUAUUUUAUAAAUGGUAUGCGUCACAAAACCGACACCGUAAUGCAGAACCCAGAUGUUCUGAACUACCCUUUGAAUGAAUGGGAGAAGGGGAAAAGUGCCAGUCAGCUUUUUAAUAUGGCAUUGGGCAAGUUAAAAGAUGAUCUGCAGAAAAUGGGCUGUAAGAAAAUGCUGGAGACAUAUGAUUCAUACUCUGUUAAGGAAUAUUUAGUGAAUGUGGGAAAUUUGAGUGGAGGAGCUUUGCGAAUGAUUGGAGAUAUUCUAAACGAGAACAGCUUCUACUACACAGCCCUCACUGAAAUGCUUUACAUUCAGUCUGAUAUAAGCAACAACGAAAUGUAUUAUGAAUUUAAGGGUGGCUUUGAUUCAUUUCCGAACGCAUUCUACACUUCACUAAAUGCUACAAUCCUUGAGAAGUCAAAAGUCCAGGCCAUCCAUCAAAUGGAGAACAAUGUGACAGUUUCGUACCAAGACUGGCGUAACCCCUCCACUCUGACCAACAUUACUGCUGAUUAUGUCUUAGUGACAGCCACGGCCAAAGCAACGCUCUUCAUUGAUUUUAACCCCCCUUUAUCAUCCAAAAAGAUGGAGGCGCUGCGUUCACUGCACUAUGCUAGCUCAACAAAAGUGGUGUUAAUUUUCAGCAAAAAGUUCUGGGAGGAUGAUGAUGGCAUUAAGGGUGGGAAGAGCAUUACAGAUCUGCCGUCACGGUUCAUUCACUACCCCAGCCAUAGCUUCCCUGGGACAUCAGGGGGGGCUGUGUUAGCAUCUUACACCUCCUCGGAUGAUGCUGCACUUCUCCAGACUCUAUUGGAUGAUGAAUUGAAGGCUCUGGUAUUGAAUGACCUAGUGAAGAUCCAUGGCGAACACAUUCGCCAUCUCUGCACCGGAGGCAUUGUGAAAAAGUGGGGACUGGAUUCUUAUAGCCAUGGGGCCUUUGCCAUCUCCACUCCAUUUCAGAUGAGUGACUAUGACAAGCCUCUAGUCCAGCAUGAGAAGAGGAUUUACUUUGCUGGAGAGCAUACAGCUAGACCCCAUGCUUGGAUUGAGACAGCCAUGAAAUCUGCUCUACGAGCUGCAAAGGAUAUAAAUAACAAUGUAAAGUAGGAAACAAAAGAAUACAAGUUAAACAUGAUGUAUAUGUAAUGCGGG